AUGGAACCUAGUGGUACAGCAGUCACUUCGCCAGCUCAAAUUCCCAUUCAACGACGAUUUAACUAUGUUCCGGUUAACACAGUAAAUUUCGCCCUUCCUGAAGGCUAUUCAACUUCUCGCGGUGAUAUCGAGUUUCUUGGUUCGGGUGCUUAUGGUAAUGUAAUUUAUGUCGUUACGGAGUUUGCUGGUGAUAGUAUUGUAAGAAUAUUGCAAGAUCAGAAAGUAACUGGAAGGACUCAUAUCACUCCCGAGCAUGUGCCCUUUAUUAUCUAUCAGCUUCUCAGAGCUUUAAAGUACAUACACUCUGCAAAUAUUAUUCAUAGAGAUCUGAAACCUGGAAACAUGGCGUUGACCAGUGACAGUGACUUGACAGUGCUGGAUUUUGGUAUGGCACGAUCGUUGAACCGUUCUGAAAGAACUCUAACGCAAUACGUUAUGACGAGAUGGUAUCGUAGUCCAGAAGUCAUUUAUUGGAAUAUUGAUGGCUACAACGAACAAGGCGAUUAUUUUCAAAGUAAAUUUGAUUUGUGGUCAGUUGGCUGCAUAACUGCAGAAUUGAUGUUUGGAGAACCGCUUUUUCCUGGAGAAGAUACAAGUGCCCAGUAUGAGAUGAUUACGAAGUUAUGUGGAAGUCCUGACGAAGAUCUCAUGAGGAAGAUUGAGGCAACAAGUCCUGCCACUCGUCGAGUAGUAGAAUCUUAUAAGCAAUAUAAGCGGCAAGACUUUCGACAACGCUUCUCUGGGUAUCCACCUUUAUUUGUGGAUUUCCUUGAUAAAAUCCUUGUACUUGAUCCAGAAAAGAGGCUUACCGUUGAGUCGUCACUUGCACAUCCGUACUUCGCCGAUUAUGUUGAUGCUUCAGAUGAGCCAGUAGCAACUACUUCAUUUGAUCUGAAUGAUAAUCCGAGUAGGUCGAAGGACGAGUGGAAAGGUAUAGAGAAUAUUGCAAAGGAUCCCAGAGAAUCCCCUUCUUUUGGAUUCCUCGGGAAAGUCCAACAUAAUCAGGGCACACUUGACCGUCUAUAUUUUGUCUCGGUGUUGAUGGGUUCGGAUCUGCAGAAUAUUCUGAAAAUUCAGCGUCUUAAAAAUGAACAAAUCCAAGCAUUGAUUUACCAAGUUCUCAGGGGUCUCAAGUACAUCCACUCAGCUGGUAUUGUUCAUAGGGAUUUGAAGCCGUCUAAUAUAGCUGUAAAUGAGUUUGGUGAAGUGAAGAUUCUCGACUUUGGUCUUGCCAGAAUUACCGACCAUGAAAUGACAGGAUAUGUUGCAACAAGGUGGUAUCGUGCUCCUGAGAUUAUGCUCAACUGGAUGCACUAUAAGCAAACAGUUGAUCUGUGGUCUGUUGGCUGUAUCCUGGCAGAAUUGGUCUCUGGUAAACCUAUGUUUCCAGGCGAUGAUCGUGAGUACUGCACGAAUUUUUCAAUCACGAUAUUUUCAUGGUUCUCCAAAUUGCAUUUGUAUUCUUGGCGACUUGCAAAGGAGUAA